AUGGCACCCCAAUCCUCGAAUAAUCGGUCUGCGACAAAAGCUACAUCUGAGAAGCCACCUCGUUCGACGCAAAAAACUGCCCCGGUCGGCUCCAACCCAACAACCUUCGUAUCUAUCGCAAAACCGGACCAAACUGCCUACAAAGAGGAACAGGAUGCACUCAAGGCAAAAAUAGACGCGGUCAAUGUGGAAUUGGAAGGCCUCAAGAUCAAGAUUGAUGAUGUUGGUAAAGGCGGACCUAGCGCCGAGCGACGUGCUGCUCUUCGGGAACAGCUGGAAGAACUCAAGGUACAGCACAACGGCUUCAAGGCUAACCGGGGAAAAGUAUUGGACCAGCUCAAGGCUUUGCAAGAUGGGAUUCAGAAACGUACCAAGGAUCUCAACUCAACGAAGCAGAAAGCUCAAUUCAAAUCCACGGAGGAUAUUGACAGUCACAUCCGGAAUUUGGAGCGCCAGAUUGAGGCUGGGACCCUGACUCUCACAGCGGAGAAAAAGGCAAUAGCUAGUAUCAGUGAUGCGAAACGUUGGCGCAGAGCCGUGGAAAACUUCCAGAAUGAACAAACCACAAUCGAUGCUGAUAAGGCUCGCGCUGACGAACUCCGGAAGCAGCUGGAUGAUCCUGAGGCAAAGGUUGUGUCCGACAAGUACGAUGCCGUCAAGGCCGAAAUGGAGGAACUCAGGGUUCAGGGAGAUGAGAUUUACGCCAACCGCCACAAGCUGUUCGACGAGCGCAAGGAACUCCAGUCGCAACUCGACGAUUUGUGGUCUCAGAAGAAGGAAUCUUCUAGACAAUAUCGUGAAGCUCAAGACCGGUACCAUAAGAAGAUUCAGGACGAGCGUGCAAGGAGAGCAGAACGCUUCGCAGCUCAGCGGGCUGAAGCAGAAGCUGAGAAGCGCGAAGCAAUUGCCAGGCGUCUGCGAGAAGAGGCUGAGAUUCCAGCUUUCCAGGCUCAGAUCGAAGAUAGCCAAACUCUCAUCAAUUUCUUCGUCAGCAGGAUUGGAGGGGUUCCCGAUGCCCCAACCCCAACUUUGAACGGCGCCCGUUCCGACAUUGCUGGCGUCCCCAAACUGGAAUCUCGAAAGGUCGACACUACAAUUGGUGACGGUCUGAUAGCAAGGAAGAAGAAAGGCGAGGAAGAGGAAAUCUACUUCAUUGGUGGGAAGAGCAAGAAGAAGACGGGAAAGGUUGCGCAGGACUCCACGACAUCGACCGAGACCAAACUUCAACUUCCUCUCUCCACUCUCUCUGCACUUCUGUCCCUUUCUAUCCCAGCUCCGACCUCACACUCCGAUAUUAGCCGGACGAUCGAGGAUCUCAAGACGAAGAAGGCGUGGUUUGAAGCCAAUCAAGGUCGGAUCACUGCGGAGAAUAUUGCCAAGGCCGAUGCUGAAAUCAAGAAGUUGGAGAACGCUCCUGCCGUCAAAAAUGCCUCUCCAUUAAAUGGGAAUUCCCAGGAGGAGCCUAUUCCUUCCCCUCCGCACGUUAACGGCGUUCCGGAUACUGCUUCUGUUCAGGAUGUUGAUGGAAUACCCGAUGAGGAUAAAGAAAAGGUUAUUGAGGCAUGAACUUGAUGAUUUACUUUCAUGUUUCUAAUCCAUUUAAUGAGCAUUUUAUGGAGUUUCUGUCGUCGUUUUACAAUUGUGCUCAUGGAAUAAAGUAAUCAUCUCCACUUG